AUGUCCAGCUCUAAGCAAGCGAGCACAACUCAAAGUCAAAGCCUCGUAUACGAGAAUCAAGCGCUCUAGCACUAGCACUGAAGACCGGGCCAGCUUGAUGGAGCAGGUGACGAAGCUAGCGGGGCAGCGGGCCGUGGUGAUCUUCGGCAUGAGCUCCUGCUGCAUGUGCCACACGGUGACGAGCCUCCUCCGGGAUCUCGGGGCGAACCCGACGGUGGUGGAACUGGACGAGGACCCUUGGGGGAAGGAGAUGGAGAAGGCGCUGGUGCGGCUCCUCGGACGGAACCCUGCCGUGCCGGCGGUGUUCAUCGGCGGCAGGCUCGUGGGAUGCACCGACAAGGUCAUGUCCCUUCACCUCAGCGGCAAACUGGUCCCGCUGCUUCGUAAUGCAGGUGCUGUCUGGGUGUAGUCCAGGGAGGGCUUUGUAGAUAUUCGGCUUGAUGCAUUGGGCGCCAGAGAAUAAUGUAAUGUGUACGUGCUCUGUUAUUCUUUCCUGUAUUUGGGGAUGAUGGAGACCAAGGAAACCAUGCAGGUCUUUUUACUGUU